ACUUGUUCCCAAACUCUUUCUACUCUCUUCGUGUACCGACCGCAUCGUUGCAAUUCGCCCAUUGGUAGAUAGCAAUUCGUAAAGAUGGGUGGUUCAAUGCCAUGGCCACAGGUCCCGGUGGGGAAUAAGGAUCAUACCAGCGCAGCCGUUGUGAUCAUUGGAGCUGGAAUUUCUGGAAUGUGCAUGGCCAUUGACCUGAUCAAGCGCAACCAAUGCCACAACUUCAUCAUCCUCGAGAAAGGUACAAGUGUGGGAGGAACGUGGCACGAUAACAAAUAUCCCGGUUGCUGUUGUGACGUCGCCAGUUUGCUGUAUUCAUACUCCUUUGAACAGAAUCCAGACUGGACACGCGCAUAUCCCGGCCAGGAAGAGCUCCUCGAAUACCUUCAAAAUGUUGCCAACAAAUACAAACUCCACAAGUACAUCCGCUUCAACACGUCCGUCUCAUCCGCAACCUGGAACGACACGACUUCACGCUGGACUGUCGAUGUGAACGUCACAGGCGGCAAAGCCGCCGAGUUCAGCCCUGCAUACAGCAUCGACUGCGACUUUCUCAUCUCGGCUGUUGGCCAGCUGAACCAGCCGCGGUACCCUGAGAUUGAGGGGAUCGAGGAUUUCCAGGGCAGGAUUAUGCAUUCCGCGCGGUGGGACUGGAGCUAUGAUCUUCAGGGCAAGAAAGUGGGCAUGAUUGGAAAUGGUGCGACGGCGGCACAGAUUGCCCCGGCGAUUGUCGAUGUUACUGAGAAGAUGACUGUCUAUCAGAGAUCGCCUAAUUGGGUGAUUCCGCGUGGUGAUGCGCCAAUCUCGGCUUUCCACCGAGCUCUUAGACGCUAUCUCCCUCCAGUCCGCUGGCGUGAGCGCAGCCUCAUGAUGGACUUCCGCGAAUCCUUCCACGACGCCGUAACAGCCCCCGACUCAGCUUACGCAGAACUGAUCCGCUCAGAGUGCAAACGGAUGCUAGGAGAAAACUUCCCCGACGAUGCCGAGCUACGGGCCAAACUGACCCCAGACUACAACCCAGGAUGCAAGCGCGUCAUCAUCACCGACGACUUCUACCCAGCCCUCGCGUCGCCCAAGACGACCGUAGAAACCACGGGUAUCAAACGCAUCACGCCGACAGGCAUCGAGAUGGAAAAUGGCACGCACUACGAGCACGACAUCAUCGUCCUAGCCACGGGGUUCCGCACCGUCGAAUUCCUCUUCCCCAUCCACGUGACGGGCACGCAAAACCGCUCGCUAUCCGACAUCUGGAGCGGCGGCGCAACAGCCCUGUACGGCACCACGGUCCCCUCGCUCCCCAACUUCGGCAUGUUCUACGGCCCGAAUACAAACCUGGGUCACAACUCCAUCAUCCUGAUGAUCGAGGCGCAGUCGCGCUACCUCAACACCAUGGUCGGCGCUGUGCUCGAUGCGCGCAAUCGCGGCGCCAAACUCGGACUUAUGCCCAAGCAGUCCAGCACCGAUGCGUUCAACGACAAGAUUCAGGAGAUUCUGAGUAACAGCUCGUUUGGGGAUCCCAAGUGUGCGAGUUGGUACAAGAAUGAGGCGGGCAAGGUGACGAAUAAUUGGAGUGGCACCGUCGUCGAAUACCAGGAGAUGCUGAGUAAAGUCAACUGGGAGGAUUUUGAGACCACGGGCGAGGGGGAGGGGAAUGUGAGUGCGAGUAAGGUUGUGUUUGGGGGAGGGAAGCGGGAGACGAAGAUUGGGAGGGUGACAGAGGAGACGACCGUGAGUACCACGGCGUUGGUGGUGGGGAUGGUUAGUGCGACUGUGGGGGCGGUGCUGUAUUAUCGGGGGCUAUUGCCGAAAAGGCUGGGGCUGAGGGGUUGAGUUCGUGAUAUUGUCUGACGAAUUUUGUUGCUUAUUGCGUACAAAU